AUAGAAUUUGGAGAAUAACUUUGGAAACUACGGAACACCCUCGUUCUUGUCUGAUCAUUUUCUUUAUUCCCCCCCCACCAAUAAUGUCUUAUGUCUGGCUUUCACUAAUUAAUUAAUUUAUUAAUUAGCAUUUAAUGAUCUAUUAUUAUUAUUAUUAAGUUUACAGUAUCAUUAAUGUAGUGCUUAUGAAAAUCAGUUCCUAAAGCUUUUCUUCUUGUUCUUUCUCCCUCUUCUCUAGCUUUUGUUUUUUGCGUUUCUUGAAAAAAGUUAAGAACUUGUUGGAAAAGAGAAAAGAAGAAGAGGACCCCAGAUCAAAGAAGAGAGGUAUAUGGAAACUUGGAUGGAUUUUGUGGAAGUGUAUGCAGAGAAGAUUUCUUGAUUUGGCCUAAAAUUAGAGUUUGAAGAUGUCUGGAGCUCAAGAUCAGCUGGAGAUCAAGUUUAGGUUAACCGAUGGCUCGGAUAUAGGCCCGAGAAACUUCCCCGUUGCCACGAGUAUUGCUACCUUGAAGGAGAACAUCAUAGCACAAUGGCCUAGAGGAAGUUGUUUUGGAGCAGAGAAAGAAGACGGCCACGGCCACGGCCUUCCGCAUACAGUGAAAGACAUCAAGUUGAUCAGUGCAGGGAGGAUACUAGAGAACAGCAGAACUGUGGGUGAAUGCAGGAGCCCGUUGUGCGAUGUCCCGGGAGGAGUCACCACGAUGCACGUCGUCGUUCAACCACACUUGGACAACGACAUGAAAUCACCAGCCCAUCUGAAGCAGAGCAAAUGCGUGUGUGUGAUAUUAUGAGGUGCAGAUUGGUCGAUUCUUCGGAAGGCAAGCAAUGCAUUGCAUCCACGUCAGCAGACACGCGCGAUAUCCACGUGGAAUCGAAGCAGAAAACUACUCCAGGUUCAUCUGAGUUGAGUUGUAUGUUGAUGAUCAAUGUUUCUUUGCUUUGUUUGUGAUUUCCUUGUGAUUUUUUGGAAUCUUGGUUAGAUUACUUUUACUUGUUUCCCA